GUUAUCAUCAUUUAAAUAUACAAUUCUAUUCUUUGCAUUCAUAAAUAUUUUGUAAUAAAAGCUAAAAGGAAUCGUAUGUAUGUAUAUUAUAACAUUUGCGAGAAAUAUCUCUAUUUGUAGCAUGUGAAAUGUUGAUUAAAUUGAAGGUUUGUCGCGCGUAAAAUCAAAGUCAAAUAAUAAUAAUCUAUUUCUCUGUAAGAAUUAAAUAAUAAAUUCAGGAUGCCUUGUGAAAUGAUAACUUUGCAACUUGGCCAAUGCGGUAAUCAAAUUGGAUUUGAAUUUUGGAAAAAAUUGUGUGCAGAGCAUGGUAUUAGCCCAGAAGGUAUCUUAGAAGAUUAUGCAACAGAAGGGACAGAUAGAAAAGAUGUAUUUUUUUAUCAAUCAGAUGAUGAACAUUAUAUACCAAGAGCAGUAUUAUUAGAUUUAGAACCUAGAGUAAUUCAUACAAUUAUGAAUUCUCCAUAUUCAAAGUUAUAUAAUCCAGAGAACAUUUAUUUAUCAAAACAUGGAGGUGGUGCUGGUAAUAAUUGGGCAUCUGGCUAUCAUCAAGGAGAGAAACUUCAAGAAGAAAUAUUUGAUAUUUUAGACAGAGAAGCAGAUGGAAGUGAUAGUUUGGAAGGAUUUGUUUUGUGUCAUUCUAUCGCAGGUGGUACAGGUUCAGGUAUGGGUUCAUUCAUGCUUGAAUCUCUUGCAGAUAGGUUUCCAAAAAAGUUAAUUGAAACAUAUAGUGUUUUCCCAAAUCAAGACGAAAUAAGUGAUGUAGUGGUACAACCAUAUAAUUCAUUAUUGACUUUAAAAAGAUUGACACAGUGUGCUGAUUGUGUUGUUGUUUUAGAUAACACAGCACUUAAUAGAAUAGCGUCAGAUCGACUUCAUAUUCAAAAUCCUAGUUUUACACAAAUUAAUAAACUUGUUUCUACAAUUAUGUCUGUUAGCACCACCACUCUUCGGUAUCCUUCUUAUAUGAACAAUGACUUAGUUGGUUUAAUUGCACCAUUAAUUCCAACACCACGAUUACAUUUUCUUAUGACUGGUUAUACUCCACUUACUACAGAUCAAGAAGGAGCUUCUGUAAGAAAAACUUCUGUAUUAGAUGUGAUGAGACGUUUAUUACAACCGAAAAAUAUGAUGGUUUCUACAGCUUUAGAUAGAAAUGCAUCUCACUGUUAUAUAUCUAUCUUAAACAUCAUUCAAGGUGAAGUAGAUCCAACGCAAGUUCAUAAAUCUUUGCAAAGAAUUAGAGAAAGGAAACUUGCACAAUUUAUACCUUGGGGACCUGCUAGUAUACAAGUAGCCCUUUCAAGAAAAUCACCGUAUAUUCAAAGUACACACAGAGUAUCUGGCUUAAUGUUAGCCAAUCAUACUAACAUAUCAUCAUUAUUUGACCGUGCCUUACAACAGUAUGAUAAAUUACGAAAACGAGAAGCAUUUUUAGAACAAUUCCGUAAAGAAAAAAUGUUUGAAGACAAUUUGGAUGAAUUAGAUAAUUCUAGAGAAGUCGUCGAAUAUUUGGUAAAAGAAUAUCAGGCAGCCACACGAGUCGAUUAUUUAUCUUGGAAUCCCAGCAAAUUAGAAACAUAAAGUAUUCAACGAUUUUAAUAAAAUUAAUAUCAUGCAUAUAAAUAAGAACUCAAGAUCUGAGUGUUACUUGUUGUUUCACGCUUUACUUUAUUACCACUAUAGUAUUAUAAAUACUAUUUUGAAUUGUUCUACGAAAAUUAAAUUUUAAUAUUAUAUAGUAAACAUCAAUUUUAGUAUACUAUAAGUACAGUCGUUUUCAAUCUUUGGACUUUAAGUUUAUUUCCAUUUUUCGUACAUGAAAUGGAGGUAAUGUAGCAAUUGUAAUGAAUCCUGUAUGACCAGGUAAAGAACGAGCAUGCAUUGCAGUAAGCAGUUUUACUUCUUGUUUUUCAUUUUCACUUUCUUGUGCCAUAUCUUUGUCUACAUUCUAAAAUAUAGUUAACAAAAACUCAUAUUAGUAUUUUCAAAAAUGAUAUUUAAUAUCAUAUUUUAAACAUAAACUAAGCACGUGUCAUUUCAGUUAUGGUAUUUUGUAUGAUAUUAUUGUUUGUAACAAUUGAGCGAAAUAAUACUUAAUAAAAAAAUUUUCAUUUUGCAAUA